AACGGUCUUGAUGCCCAAAAACUGAAUGCUCAGUUUGCUACAAUGACCUCCAAUGAUUCUUGCACCAGUGGUGCUCAGGCAUGCGUUAGUGGUGCCUUCGCACAAUGCAUUGGAAGCUCCUGGGAGCUCACACCUUGUUCGUCCGGUCUGUCUUGCUUCGCACUUCCUCUCGUUACCAAAGCUGGAACCAGUCUCGCCUGUGACACACAAAGUGAUGCUGAGGCACGUUUUGUUGCUGCUGGCGUUCAAGGAGGG